AUGUGGCUGCCUCCAGCUCUGCUUCUUCUCUGCCUCCCAGGCUGCUUGUCCCUGGUGGGCCCCAGAUCUGUGACCGGCACCAUGGGGGACUCCCUGACCAUACGGUGUCGGUAUGAGGAGGGUUACAAGGGGUAUAAUAAAUACUGGUGCCGAGGACAGUAUGACACCGACUGUGACAAGAUUGUGGAGACCCACGGAACAGAGAGAGAAGAGAGAAAGGGCCGUGUGUCCAUCAGAGACGAUGCCGAUGACCUCACCCUCACAGUGACCAUGAAGAGCCUCCACACGGCCGACGCCGGAUCCUACUGGUGUAAAAUUCAGACAGUGUGGAUCCUGGACGCGUGGUCACGUGACCCCUCGUUCCAGGUUCAGGUGUCUGUUUCCCCAGCACCUCGUAUGACCACAAGACGAACCACACAUCCAGCCACACCUGCCACGUUCCCGGCGGUGACCGCUGGGCAGAAUUUCAGCACCAACCACUGCCCAGGGGUUCCGCUCAGCACUGUCCACUUCCUGUUCCUGAUCUUCCUGAAGCUGCCUCUGUUCCUGGGUGUGCUCGCUGCUCUCCUCUGGGUGAGCAGGUGUCAGAAGGGCUCCGGAGGCGGACAGAGUCGGCCUGACCAGGAGACUCCACCGUGCCGUCCACCAGCUCCAGGAAAGCCCUGUCCGGGAAUACAGCCCUUCCGACUGGACCAGAGAGACCUGCGGGCUCUGCACUCCAGGGCAGGGAGGCAGCAGUGCCUGGACUCUGCAUGGACCUAA